CCAACAACUCAACUCACAAAAGAUACACCUUACAGCAAGGGGGAUAAAAGCGAGUAGCACAGAUCCCCCCCACAUCAUCAUCAACAGUCAUUUGCUGCCUGAGAUGUCGUGCUGAAAGAUUGGGAUCCUUAUUUACAAGUUACAACGAUUAUAAAAGUGCCUGCUCUUAGUUUCAUUCCUUUUUAUAUAAGAGAGGAUAUAAACAAGUGACAAAGAUCCUUUACCAACCACGACCUACAUUAGGUGCCAGUCUGCAUACUUUAAUUCAUUAAAAGUUUUAUAUACCUGUGAACAUUUGAGUUUUAGUGAGAUGGCUCGUACAAAGCAGACAGCCCGAAAAAGUACUGGAGGUAAAACGCCGAAGAAACAUCCUGACAAANCUCGUAAAAGUGCACCCGCCACUGGAGGAGUUAAAAAACCCCAUCGCUACAGGCCAGGAACAGUGGCUCUACGUGAAAUACGUAGAUAUCAAAAAACCACCGAACUGUUGAUUCGAAAAUUGCCAUUUCAAAGGUUGGUUCGAGAGGUCGCCCAAGAUUAUAAGGCAGACUUGAGAUUUCAAACUACCGCAAUUCUGGCUUUACAAGAAGCAGCCGAAGCUUACUUGGUUUCAGUAUUUGAAGACACUAAUUUGUGCGCCAUACAUGCCAAAAGAGUCACCAUCAUGCCAAAGGAUAUCCAAUUGGCAAUGCGAAUUCGCCGAGAGCGUUUGUAAAUUCUAUGCUACACUUAACAUCCUAUGUUAUUAUAAUACACUGUUAUGAACUAUUUUUUUAGUGUUAUACAAAAAUGGCCUGCAUGAACUUUUAGCUUUGACUUUUUAUACUCCAAAAGCGCAUUUUGCUUUUAGAAUUGUGCACAUUAAGAAAAUAACAUCUUAUUAAAAGCUUGUUUAUUACGGUGA